AUAGAUCACUCUCUCUACACGGAAGCAAGAAGGUGGAGGUUGUGGCUUGGGAAAGCAGAACCACGAAGGAUGAAGCGAGGAGUGGGUCGUGGGAGGACCCGAAGCUCCAUCAACAAGAUGACAGAAGUACAGAAAUCAGAAAGUGGCGAAUAUGCCACCUCACGCAUCCGUGGGCCUGGGGAUGGAAUGGAAAUGGAACAGCCACCAAAAUCUGUAGAAGUCAUCCACACCACAAUCAACCAUGUCCAUAAAAGCCCACACAAGAAAGCUCCUCCUUCACUAAGUCCUGGGGUUCUUCAGCUAGGGACAAUCUAUGGCGAUAAGGCAGUAGAGAUUGAAGCUGUACGAAUAGUAGUUCCCAAAACUGCUAUAAGCCAUGUGAUUCCUGCCAAAAAUGCAAAGACAUCCAAGUCUGCAGGACAUCCAAAAGAGACCCUCGCCCUAUCAGAUGAAAUUUCAGAUACUAAGAAAGAAUUGUUAGAACUAAGAAAUGAAAUAGUGAAGCUUAAGAACUCUGAAAGAAGAUUACUACAAGAUAAGGAAGGGCUUUCCAAUCAGUUGCAUGUCCAAACAGAGGUCAAUCGGGAGUUGAAAAAGUUACUUGUGGCUUCAGUAGGAGAUGACCUGCAGUAUCACUUUGAGCGCAUGGCACGUGAAAAAAACCAGCUGAUCCUUGAAAAUGAGGCCCUGGGGCGGAAUGUGUCUCAGUUGUCUGAACAGCUGGAGCGGAUGUCUAUACAGUGUGAUGUUUGGCGAAGCAAAUUCUUGGCAAGCAGGGUUAUGACAGAUGAGUUGACUAACUCUCGAGCAGUACUCCAGCGCCAAGCUAGGGAUGCACAAAGUGCCAUUCAGGAUCUAUUAAGUGAACGGGACCAGUUUCGCCAAGAAAUGAUUGCUUCUCAAAAGCUGCUGGAAGAGCUACUUGUCUCUCUCCAAUGGGGAAGACAGCAAACUUACUAUCCUAGUGCACAGCCUCGUAGUACCGCAGAGUUGGCAGCUGUCAAUCAUAAGCUUGCUAGAGCAGUGACUUCACAUCUUCUUGGAAACACUGAUAGUUCUAGCAGUCCAAAAAAGAGCUCUUCCUCAACAGAACUCUGCAAUACCCCUGCUGAGAAAAUGGCUGAAAUGGUCUUAAGAAUGCUGGAACCUGGCAGCUGCACAGAAGCACCAUCUGAACUGCCCUUUGCUGAGCCUUCAGCCUCCUCUUUCCUUUCCCCAAAGAAGAAUAUUGGACGGUUUCACCCAUACACUAGAUAUGAGAAUAUCACCUUCAACUGCUGCAAUCAUUGUCAGGGAGAACUGCUAGCUCUUUAAAAGUUAUUAUUUGCCUAAUAGAAUUGUUUUAAGGGGGAUCUACUUUCUGGGUGGUCUUUUCUAAGCGUUUGGGUUGAGCUUAUUUACUAGAAAUGUUUGUCAUACACCAGGGAAAUAUGUGGCUCUCAAGAUAUUAUAUGACUGUUGUUCUGAUCUCCCAAACCAACACAGCUAGUGCUGAAGCUUGAUGGGAGUUAUAGUUCAACAAGUUAAAAGGCCACACAUUUCCCACAUAUCAGCUUUCCAAACUCUAAGAGUUUUACCAUCAAAGUAAGAAUACUUUUAAGUCCCGAAAUAGAGUUCAUAUAUGAUCUGUAUUGUUUUCUUUAAGGAAUAUAUUAUUAUGGGAAGCUCAUGAGUGUCAGACCUUUGGAUUUUAUUGUCUUUAAGAGGUACUUUGUACUAUCAGCUGAAGUAUUUAUUUUAAUUGAUGGGAUGCGGUGCUUAAACUUUUUGUGUUACAUUUUUGUUUCCAGUGCUGUUACAUGGGCAGGUGCAAAUAUUGACUUUCGAGGAAAGCUCAGUUUUUAUUUUGAUGAAGAUUUCUUAAUGAUCUUGAAUGAAAAGGGUGUUUGUGGUUAAAGCAAUUCUGGAGUUCAUUCAGUGUUGAUAUAAACUGAAGCCAAAGAAUAGUAAAUUGACUAGGGUAAACUAUUGCAAAGUUGAUUCUUAAUAGUUUACAAACAUCUACAGAACACACUUUUAAUUACUCUUCAACAUAUGUCCUGAGGGAUCUUUAAUAUGGACAGCUUUCACUGGUGCUACUUAAUCUUCCUCAGACGGCUGUUCUCUCAUACCUCUAGAGUAUGACGCUUAUAGGGUGCUCUACUCUCACUUUUACUUUGGAAAUUGGUAGUCUAUUGCCAAAUUAAAAGAAAAAGCUUCUUACCUAUGUUUCUGGGAUAAUCAUAUUUCUAUCCUUUUUAUUAUUGUACUGAAAUGUCUCAAGUAACAGAACAUGGAGUGAAAGGGGUUGGGUACCUAUGUUAAUGUGAUGUAUGGAUACAGAUACGCCUUCUCUCCUCCAACUUAAAAUAAAUGUUGGCGGCAUACUUUCACUUAUUGUUUUCUGUACUUCUUCCUGAGCUAUACGCUUGAAAAUCUUUUAUUAAAUCAUUCAGAUUAGAAA